GCGACUGACUCUCCAAGUUUCAAAUUUAGUUUUCUGAGGGUUCAAGUAAAGGGAUUGAGUGCAAAAUCGUGUGUUCAUUUCUGUUUGGAGGUUUUGUGCAUCUUUGAGUGGCAUUUUGAAGCAGUUCCCAGAGGGUAACCACGAGUAUUGAGAUGUUGUUGUGUAUCAUGACUGCUUGGCGUCCUCGUCGAUGUGUAUCUGUCAGUACAGUGAUUUGAGAAAGAGAUAAGCAUUUUACUACUGAUAAUGCUCCAAUGGUACAUGUGCACAUCUUGUAUCCUCCAGUGUAUUCCGAUUCAAUCUCCUUCCAUUGCUGUGUAUUGAUAUCACAGCUGUGAAGUGAGCAUAUGAAUGUAAUAAUCACAUUCAUUAUGUUGCAGACUUGUCUCUUUGUUAUUGAUUGGCAUUCUUGUUCAAACAUGUAUCUGGGUGGAUUAUUCUACUCUUACUGAUUGGUUAGUUGGCUCUGAAGCAAUUCUGAUGAUUGUACACACCCCCAUUCAUUCAAAUCGAGGGAGAAUCGUCUUGUUCUCUGUCUAAAUAUUUGCGGCUCUAAUCCUUUUUGUCACAGCGCAUUACCGUUCUUGUCAUCGGAAUCUUAUGGUGCCUGAUUUUAUUCUACAAUGGUGCAGACAAUCGUGAUAGGCUGUUAGAACUUUUGUCUUGUUUAGAUUAUGCCUUGGAUGCACUAGGCCUUUAGGCUGCAAGGGAAAAUGAUGUGAUUGUUUCAAUCAGUUCCAGCUGUCAUUUAAAGAAGGCUCUUACAUUGAUCAUCAUCACCUGUUCACCUGUUAGGUUGAUUAAUUUUGUCAGUGAUUGAGACCUGCCACAUGAUAAUCAUAUUCAUAACUUGAUAGUUUUAGACUCGGGACAUAUGGCAAAACAGUGCAGUUGGUGACUGGUGGGAUAACAUACAAAAACUGGUCCAAUAUGGCUCAAAUUUAUGGAGUUGAGGACUGAUUGACAAUUUGAAGUAUUCUGAUUCUUGAGAGAAGAGUAUUAAUCAACUGAAGGAUCAACAUUUGGAUAAUCUUACACGAACCAACUUCUUUGUAUUUGCCCUGAAGAGUUGAUGCCAUAGUUCGUGUCAGUAGGAUUUGGAACGCCCAUGCCGGUCUGCCAGUAAAUUACUAAAGAAUGCUUCAGGGUAUCAGAAGACCAGUUGGAAGUUGUCAAUGCACACCAGUACAAAUAUGCUUUGCAGUUCAGAGCUGUCAAGAAGUUUAUUUAGUGUAUCAUAAAAACUAUCAGAUGUUCUACCAAGACAUAUUCCAGGUCGUUUGGGCGCGUCUCUGGGAUGCCCUCCUCGGCAGCAAACCACACCCGGUCAUCCGAGACUACCACAUCAUCGUCACCAUCUUCUACAUAUUCUUCACGAUCACAUUAUGCCGACUCCUACGACUCCUAAACAAAAGAUUCGCACCGAAGCCAGUCCAGGAACUGAUAGGGGACAUUCUUGCAACAUUCCAGUGUUUAUCUUGUGGACUUGAGAAUGGCAUGGUACGCAAGGCGUAUGGAAUGGGCGCAUACUGUGUCCAGACCUUUUUUCUUGGACUGUGGUCCCAAUGGACCCUAGAGGGAAGCUCCGGAAACCCUGUCCGCAGCUUCAUCAAGUUGGUGGAAGGAAAACGAAAGCUUCUGCCGUCUUUACUGCAUAUGACCUGCCAGAUGAUAGCCGGAAUCGUCGCCUACCAUUAUGCUCGUACCGUCUGGUAUUUCGAACUCUCAAGUGAGCAUAUUGCCCGUCGCCUCCGAGAUGCCGAGUGUUACUCAGAUCUGAACGUUCCCGUCAUGAUGGGACUUUUCAUUGAACUCGCCGCCACUGUCAUCGAUGUCCUGGUAUCCAAGACGACCACGAAAAAAUUCAUGUUUGAGAGAUAUGAACAAUUCGCCAAGGGAGUUUUUAGUAUCUGUAUGACAAUUUGUGGCCUGAAUCUCACUGGUAUGUACCUGAAUCCUGCAAAUGCUACAAUCCAAACUUACGGUUGCCGUGGCAACUCAAGAGCCGAGUACAUCGUCGUUUACUGGUGCGGCCCCCUCAUUGGUGCAGCCAUUGGAAUCUUCGUACACCAGAAGUUACGCCAAGCUUACCUAGCGCUAAAACGGUCCUUCCAAGCAUCUCCAGAUCUGACCAGAUGUGGUGCCACUUUCGAAGAAAACAGAAAUGUUACAGAUUCUGCCAAUGAUGUGGAAACAAAGAAAGACUUGUGAUACGUGAUUACAGACUUUAGAGAGAAAUAAUUUGACCAAAACUGUGAUGUUUUAUACAAAGUGUCAAUGCCUAGUCAUUCCAAUUUUUAUGAGCUUGAGGUCUGUAUUUUCUGCGAGGGUUUUUUGCAGAGUGGACCAAAUAUGAUUUGAAGUCAUGGUCCUGGUGGACUUCAAUGUUUUAACACAAGCCGAACCUGCUGUAAACCUGGAACUGUAACAGGCAAACAUAUCUGGGUUUACAGUGUUGUUAGAUGAUUGUUGCAAGGCUGCAUUUACUUUUGACAGAAGUAAAUUUGGAUAGGGCGGGCAUUUUGUGAUUUCCAGAACACAUUGUCUGUGGCCAUUCAUUGUAAAAUGGCUGCAGACGAUGGAUUUUGUCGUAGAUCAAGUUUACUUGAAGGAAUCACUUUUCUGAAUGGCUCCUCUAACAUUGGUUCGUGCCUGACAUAUUUUGAAUAUGGAGAAUAGUCCUUCCAUUAAACAGAGUGAGAAGUUCAUAUGAAAGUUUUCUAUCCACGGCUGUCGGCCCAAUGGGACCAUGUUUGCUUUCACCUUUAUUUAUUAUUUGAUACUCCAUGCUUUUAUUGUAUCCACUCCUUAUUUAUUCCUCUCGCUAUCUUUGAUAAUACUCACACAAAAAAGACAUUCCUUGUACCCCGUAUUCAAGAUUAGGGACUGACUAUCCAUACAUGUAGUUAUUGAAGACCUACUUCAUUUCAUCCAAAAAGUUAAAACUUGAACAUGAAUUCAAAAAAAUUCCAAUCAUGUGAAUACACGCUGAAGGUCAAUUUGAACCAACUGAUAUUAUUUUACUAUAAAUGUCAAGUUUUCGAAAAUUUACAUGCAUAGCAAAUGCAUUUCAUUUCUAUUUACCUGAGCCACAGGGAAAUGCAAUGAAUGGUGUAGGUCUCUGUGGUGGGGGUGUUUUGUGAGGCUAUGAGUGGUCUGGUGAGGGAAUAUCAGAAUAUGGUAUUGAUGAACCCAUAACACAAAACAGUGUAUAUUUUACCCAAGUGUUCGUUGAUGAGUAAACUAGUUCCAUAAGUAUGUGAACAAGUACAUGUAUGACUAUGAGGGUUCAUCCAUAUCAAGUUCUGAUCAUAAUUAUUCGAUGUGUAUGUGGGUUUGGUUCUGGAACAAACAAGUUGUACAACAUAAUAUCACCAAGAUAAAAGUUUCAAAUAGUUUUUGACAUCUAUCCUGAUGCUCCAAACUGACUAUGAAUGAGGUCAUUAUCAUGUGAUUUACAUGUAUCUCUAUUACUUGCUCUUGGUUGGGUGGGUAAUGGGCGAUAUUUAGAGACAGCGGUUUUGGGGACUUUGGUAAUUUCGUAUGGAUGCGUGCAGACAACAUCUGAGCCGAAAACAUUUUGAAGCAGUUUUUCUCAAUCAAACUUAUGUUCCCUCACUAUUCAAUUUGCUCUUAUCGCAGACAAAGCUUGGCUCACUGGUGGUAGUAGAUGUUGUAUAAACAGGCUUUUCUCUGCAAGAAACGACGAUCUGUGAGAAUGAUCUGAACAAUUUGCCUUAGUGAUUAUCAUGUUAACAAUGCUCAAUUUAUUUCUUUAAUCUUAAAGUGAUUCGUGUCAUAUUAUCAGUAAUUGUAAUGCUUGUAGAAAGUGACAAUGCCACUUCCUUCUUCAUUUGAUCACUUUUUUUUUUCUUUUUUCUUUGCGAUGAGCAAUAGAUAGGUUGCUCAGUACAGAUAACUGAUAACUUCUCAUAGCAAUAUCAUGUGUCAUUGAUCCAAGGUCAAAAUCGUCAAAGGCUGGACUUUGGGGUUUAAUUGUUAAUGGCCCCAUUUCUGAAUAGACGUAGGUGGAUGAGUUAUAACUAAGAUAUUGGGUCAUCUUUCUAAUCUUUCAGGUGUGAAUGAAUAACUUGAAAUAGUUACCACCAAAUAAUAGAUAUUUUACUGCGUGUGAUUAUUCUUUUGUCCUGGCAUAUUUCAAUGUGUUUGACUUUUCGAUGGGAACAGUGUCCCAUGUUACAGUCCCAUGUCACAUUCAUGUUUCAUCAUAUUUAUUGGAUUGUAUUUUUGUUAAAAAAGAAAAAAGUAUUAAACUGCCUAGUAAUUGUUAUCUACUUUAAUGUUAUGUUGAUUUAUUGUUUGUUUAGAUGGAAAGGGGUUAAAUAUUACCAAGGAUUAGUCUUCGUUAAUUCUUGAUACAACAAAGGCA